AACCGCCAGGCUCCAAAGAGAAAGAUGGUAGAUACAGGCCAAACGAAAGGUUUAAGGAGGGUUUAAGGCGGCUACUACGUUCUGUCAGUUUCUCUACAAACUACUCACUCUCUUCAUGUAUCAUUUUUCAUAUUUGCAAAUUUCUCUAGCAUCCAUUCUCUCCCAUAUCAAGAUCUCCUCAACUCCGCUUAACUAUACACUUAAUUUCACUAACAUUUUUAGUUUAAUUUGAUGUCCAGCAGCAAACCCCCUUUAAUAUCUGCUAAUUCCAGCAACACAUUCGAUUACUUGAUCCCCUUGGGUAAACCCACAGUCCAGUGUCAAAACGUGUUGAAGAUAUCCACCGGUAUGUGGAGAAACAUAGCCAAGCUGGCGGUUUCAACCUGUCCCAAGAGUCUUCUUCAAUUCUCAGUACUUUCCCGCACUUACAGCUUUCUCGGGCUUCCCCAGGAAUCGAUUUUACCGGAAAAGUUCCAAUUCCGGGCUUUGGAGCUUGGUUCAUGCUCAACCUUUGGGUUUCAAGAAAUGAAUUUUCGUGGGGUUGGGGAGCUCUCUACACAUGAGGAUUAUAUGGGUAAAUCCAGUUUUGGGUUGUCGAGAAAUGAAACUGGUUGUAAUGGGUUUAGUCCAAGAGGGUAUGUGAGCGUAGCUGAGGCGGUUUCCUCGACAGAUGUCGAGGAAGAUGUGUCGGUUGUUGAGGAAAUACAGGAGUUGUUGGGGGAACUUAAGAAGGAAGAGAGGAAAGAGAACGAUAUUAUAAGGAGGAGGAGGCAGCAAGAAGACAGGAAAAUGGGUCAAGGGAAGUAUCUGGCACUGAGGAGAAGGCAGGUUAAGAUUGAGACUCAGGCAUGGGAACAGGCUGUAAAGGAGUAUAGAGAGCUUUUGAUGGACAUGUGUGAGCAGAAACUGGCACCAAAUUUGCCUUACAUGAAAUCUUUGUUUCUUGGUUGGUUUGAGCCUUUGCGUGACGCUAUUGCUAAGGAACAGAAAAUGUGUAGAAUAGGGAAGAACAAGACAGCAAUUGCACCGUAUUUUGUGCAGUUGCCGGCAGAUAUGAUGGCCAUUAUCACAAUGCAUAAAUUGAUGGCUCUGAUGAUGACCGGAGGCGAACAUGGCUGUGCCAGGGUUGUGCAGGCUGCUUGCUUAAUAGGUGAUGCCAUUGAGCAGGAGGUUAGAAUAUACAAGUUCUUGGAAAAAACAGAAAAUAAAAAGAAGAAAAAGAAUGAUAAGAAGGUGGGAAAUGAAGAAGAUGAAUCUAAUUGUACAAUGAAGGAACAGGAGAAGCUGAGGAAUAAAGUAACUAAUUUGAUAAAGAAACAAAAGCUCCCAGCGGUUAGGCAAAUUGUGAGAGGACAGGUUGAUUCAAGACCGUGGAGUCAGGAUAUAAAGGCUAAGGUUGGAAGUCGAGUUAUUGAGCUAUUGUUAGAAACAGCUUAUAUACAGCCACCGGCUGAUCACAUAGCUGAUACUCCACCUGAUAUUCGACCUGCAUUUAUACAUACAUUCAGAACAGUGAUGAAAGAAAAUAAGAAGACUAGCAGAAGAUUUGGUGUCAUUGAAUGUGAUCCUUUGGUUGUCAAAGGCCUAGACAGAACUGCAAGGCACAUGGUGAUUCCUUAUAUGCCAAUGUUGGUGCCCCCGGUCAAGUGGACAGGUUAUGACAAAGGAGCACACUUGUUCUUACCAUCUUAUGUCAUGCGCACGCAUGGAGCUAAGCAACAGAGGGAAGCAGUUAAGAGGGCUCCUAGAAAGCAACUAGAACCAGUCUUUGAGGCUUUGGAUACUCUUGGCAGUACCAAAUGGAGGGUAAAUAAGAGGGUUCUUAACAUUGUGGAUAGGAUAUGGACUAGUGGUGGCGUUCUUGCUGAUCUGGUGGAUCGCAAUGAUGUUCCAUUACCGGAAAAGCCUGAUACUGAAGACGAAACACUUAUCAGGAAAUGGAAGUGGAAAGUUAGAGCUGUGAAGAAGGAGAACAGGGAGAGACAUUCCCAGCGCUGUGACACAGAACUUAAACUUGCUGUGGCGAGGAGAAUGAAAGAUGAAGAAGGUUUUUAUUAUCCACAUAAUCUUGACUUUCGAGGACGUGCAUACCCCAUGCAUCCAUAUUUAAAUCAUCUUGGUUCAGAUUUGUGUCGGGGUGUCUUGGAGUUUGCAGAAGGACGUCCGCUUGGAAAGUCAGGCUUACGUUGGCUUAAGAUACACUUAGCAAAUCUUUAUGCUGGUGGUGUGGACAAAUUAUCUUAUGAGGGACGGGUUACAUUCACUGAAAACCACUUGGAUGAUGUAUUUGAUUCUGCAGACCGACCACUUGAAGGAAGAAGAUGGUGGCUUAAGGCAGAAGACCCCUUUCAGUGCUUGUCUGUCUGCAUUAAUCUCACAGAAGCCUUAAGGAGUUCCUCUCCAGAGACAUAUAUUUCAUAUAUUCCUGUCCAUCAGGAUGGUUCCUGCAAUGGUUUACAGCAUUAUGCUGCUCUUGGAAGAGACAAGUUGGGAGCAGCUGCUGUAAAUCUAGUUGCAGGUGAGAAGCCUGCAGAUGUUUACUCAGGAAUUGCUGCUAGAGUACUUGAUAUCAUGAGGAGAGAUGCGCAGAAGGAUCCUGCAACAUUUCCAGAUGCCCUGCGUGCAAGGGCAUUGAUUAAUCAGGUGGACAGGAAACUGGUGAAGCAGACAGUGAUGACAUCAGUAUACGGCGUCACUUACAUUGGUGCUCGGGAUCAGAUCAAGAGGAGGCUAAAGGAACGUGGUGCGCUUACAGAUGAUGCAGAUAUUUUUGGUGCUUCUUGUUAUGCUGCUAAGACAACCUUAACUGCACUAGGUGAGAUGUUCCAAGCUGCACGUAGCAUCAUGACCUGGCUUGGUGAAUGUGCUAGGAUCGUCGCGUCAGAAAAUCAGCCGGUGCAGUGGACAACCCCACUAGGACUUCCUGUUGUGCAACCUUACCGAAAAAUAGGAAGACAUCUUAUAAAAACGUCCCUUCAGGUUUUAACACUACAACGUGAAACUGAGAAGAUCAUGGUCAAGCGGCAGAGAACAGCUUUUCCACCAAAUUUUGUUCACUCUCUUGAUGGUUCUCAUAUGAUGAUGACUGCAGUUGCCUGCAGAAAAGCAGGCCUAAACUUUGCAGGAGUGCAUGAUUCAUAUUGGACACAUGCAUGUGAUGUGGAUGAGAUGAACAGAAUACUCAGAGAAAAGUUUGUUGAACUCUAUGAGAAGCCAAUACUAGAGAAUUUGUUGGAGAGCUUUCAGCAGUCCUUCCCUACAUUGUCCUUUCCAACCUUACCAGAAAGAGGAGACUUUGAUCUGAGAGAGGUGUUGGAAUCACCCUAUUUCUUCAACUGAUCCAAUGCAAGAGCUUCUCUCAGAUUGUUUGACAGCAGCCAGUUUUCUCUAGGUUUUAUGCUACCUUCACUUCUCUUACAUGUGAUUUUUUCCAAGUAAAAUGUGGCAUCUACGGAGAGUGGUAGGCACCUGCUGGGCUAUGCCUGUAAAUAUUCUGAAAGAUGCCCCUAAAUAUCAAGCAGUCGCCUUGUGGUCCUAUUAUUCUUCUUACUCUGCAAGUCGGACUAAGAAGACGCCUGUGUACAGCCAACAUCAUUUUUUAGAAUACGUGCUUCGAUGCUGGGUAGAAUAUUCCAUGGAGCUCAUACAUUAAUGAGGUAUCACACGAUUUGAAAAGCGAAAUAGUUGGAAUUCUGCAGUAUUUUUUAAUUGCAGGUCAUUGAGUCAUUUGCAAUCAGCAAGAUUGCAAAACAUCAGAAAACAGAAAGCAAAA